GCAGAGGCAGAAGAAGGCAAAAUGAAGAGUCAUGAGGAGGAUCUGUCACCUGAGAUCAAGGAUUGGAGUAAACAUAAAGUGAGAGAAUGGGCUCUGAAGUUGGAUGAUGUGGAUGACAGAUUUGCAGAGAUUCUGUUUCAGCAAGACAUUUCUGGACCCAGUCUUCUGCUUUUGGAUAAAGAGGACUUAAAAGAAAUCGGUGUGACUUUAGGACCAGCAAAACUUAUUACAGCCAGAGAUGAGUUAGUGCAAUUAAAGAAAGAAGAGCCACUAAGUUCUACAAAUCAGCCUGGGAAACCUUGCAAACCUUAUCCAUUCUGUAGGUACCAUGAUACCUAUAGAUACAUGGAGAGCAGCAUCCUUGAUAUUACAGAAUCAGGCCCGUCUGACUUAAUUGAGCCAUGCCACGAGUAUAAAGCUUUCAUCAACACAACAGAUGAAACUGAAAUGAUCAAGUUCACAGAAGAGACAAUUCGUUUCGCAGCUGCCUGCAUGAAUAGCCGUACCAAUGGCACCAUACAUUUUGGAGUAGGAGAUGAGCCACACUUCAGGCAUGGCCAGGUCUUGGGAGUGGUUGUUAAGGACAGAGAGGCUUAUGCUAAGGAACUGAAAUCUGCUAUUGAUGGCUAUUUUGAGUAUAAACACAAACAGACUGCUCAAAAUUGCAUCAGACCGCCACGAUUUGUUGGGGUUCUCAAUAAGAAUAUGACAUCAUCAGACAAAUGUGUGAUAGAAGUGGACAUAGUUCCUGACUCUACAUUGUGUGAAGAAAACUUCUACCACACUUUCAACAUGGACACAAAAAAAUCAAAGAAAAAAGCAAAAGUUAAAGAAACAGGCACAAAUGAAACAAAAGCAUCAAAACAAUUCUUUGUCAGAGAUGGCGGUAGCAGCAGGGAUCUCCUUGCAGCAGUCAAACUUACAGAGCACAACCAGUUUCUUGAAAGUAUGGCACAGAGAUCACAACUCCGAAAAGAAGCUGAAGAGAAGCACCUCAGUGUGAUAAAAAGUGGUACCCAAGGCUCCAGAUUAAGUCAGAUGAUCACUGGUGGAACCCUCUCUUUAGAUAAGUCACACUUUGAGGGGUAUGUGAUAGUAACUAACAAAUCACAUUCAGUCCAGUUUCAGUCACUUGAAUUUCUUGUAGAGCUCAACCCAACAGCAUUUUUGGACUUUGAUCCAGAAUCAGCUGUACAUGGGUUACAAUGUCACUUUGAACAGCAGAGUACAGUGAGUGUACAUUCACCAGCACAGUACAAAAUCACUGAAGGAGUUGAGGACAUUGCAAACAAGCUGAAAUUAACUCGAAACACCAGCUGGGUGUUAUGCAAUGGAGGUAUUGAGGAUGAGGCACCUUCAGACAUAGACGAGUGGUUGAUGGACAAGGGAGCGUCUGUUCGAGAUGUGAUUUCUUUCUUGUGCCGGAAAGAUGUGCUUCCAAACAAGAGAUUUCUUGUCAUAUUCCUACUUUUGUCAACAGUGAGUGAGAAGAUGGACCCUCUUGUUGAGACCUUUACCACAUUCUUGCAAGAGCUCAGAGGCACAGAUCAAAUCCUUUGUAUAUGCGACAAUGAAAAAGCAUUUACCUCCUGGGUGGGCCUUAUUGAGGCUCGUUGUGGAAUCAACAUCUCUCAUAGAUGCAUAUAUGAGCUAAGUUUUGCUGAAGUCAACGGCACUGUCCUCAGUCUUUUGUCAAAAAAAACCGUAAAAUCCAGACAUUUUCUGCCCUGUGGUGGGAGAGGCAGAGUGCUCCUUGAGAGGAAAGAGGAGCGGAGCCUGAAUACCUUAGAGGUCCUUUGCGUGAACCAAUGCGAAGGAGGAAAUGAGGACAAAAUUGCCAUAGAAGAGAACUUCUACAAAGGGGGGAAAGUGUCAUGGUGGAAUUUCUACUUCUCAGAGCAGCCUGGAUCCACACCAUUUAUCAAACGGGACAAGUUUGACUUCAUCAUGAACACAGUCCUGCCAGAGUUGUGCUCCCUGAACAAAGCCUGUGUGUUGUUCAAUCUCAUGCAUGUGCCUGGAUGUGGUGGGACAACUUUGGCAAUGCAUACUUUAUGGGCUCACCGGGACAGAUUCCGAUGUGCUGUCCUCAGAGACAGCAGUGCUGACUUCGCUGAGGUCGCUGAGCAAGUGGUCAAACUUUUAAUAUAUGACCAUGGGGAGCGAUUACCAAGGCUUCCUGUUUUGUUGAUGAUAGAUGAUUUUGAAGAUAAAGAAAAGGUGUUUGACUUGCAGCAGCUCAUUGAAAAACAAUGUGCAAAGGAAAACAUUCAGUCUAAGUCUGCACAGGUCAUUCUCCUGAACUGUAUGAGGUCAGAGCUGUCUGAACAGACUGAACCAACCGAGGACACAGUAUUUAUUGGAAACAGUCUCUCUGAGAUGGAGCAGAAACUGUUUGAGGAAAAACUUAUAGAAAUAGAGAAGACACACAAGAAUGCAGAAACUUUCUAUGGGUUCAUGAUCAUGAAGAAAAACUUCAAGACAGAGUAUGUUCAGGGUGUGGCCCGCAAUACCUUGAAGAGCUUCAACAUAAAUCAGAAAAAUGCACAACUCUUGUCUGUUCUAGUUCUGUUGAACGUUUACUGCAAGGGUGCCUCUCUCUCCGUCUCUCUGUGUGAGGAAUUUCUUGGUCUUCAGCCAAAACCAGUUUGUGGAACCAUCAAAGUGGAAGAAGGAUUUGGGAAAUUUUCCACCUUAGUUACCACCUGCUCAGUUGAGGGUAAGGUGGUUUUCAAAGGUGUGAAAAUGAUCCAUUCAAGUAUUGCAAAUCACUGUUUGCAAGAACUUACGACAAAACACAAUGUGACCAAGGCUGAUAUUACCGACCGUCUGCUGACCACAGACAAGUUUUAUGAAAGCACACAAGGCAAAGACAAACUCCUACAAGAUGUUCACCACAUUUUGGUCAAGAGAAAUUUUUCCGAUGAGGAAUCUAAGUUUGCGCCACUAAUUCAACACAUUGCAAGUGAAACCCCAGGACUGGAAGAGAUAGUGCUGCAAAAUGCAUCGAAAAGAUUUGAGAAAGAUGCAGUUGUCUCUCAGUUACUUGCCAGGUACUAUUACCUGAAGAAGAAGAAUUUCUCAGAGGCAGAGGUUUGGGCAAAAAAAGCAAGAGAUCUUUCCAAAGACAACUCAUUCUUUGCAGACACAUCAGCACAAGUUAUCAAGCAUGAGCUGAAGAAUGCGAUCACAACCUUCAAAGAAGAAACUAUUAGUCCAGAAAAAUUAGACAUGUUUCUUAAAAUGGCCCAGUCAGCAAUAGAGGCAUUCAAAGAAACACAGAACCUUGCAAAGAAGGAGUCAAUUCAGAGAUUACAAAGCAAAACAGACAACUGCCCUUUUAAUUCAGCCGGGUGCCUGGGAGAGAUCCAGGUUGGAGUUCUUGUCAUUGAUGUGCUGGCGAAGACCCCCAUCUUUUCUUCUGACAAUGUCCGCCAUGACAUUAUGAGUGCAGUUCUCUCUGGAGAAAUGAAAGUUCAGGAUAUGGAGACAAAUGAUAAACGGCACCACAAACACACAAACUACUACAAAAUUCUCAAAGACUACCAGGAUGUACUUUACAACCUCAGAUACAGAAUGAAGGUGAACUUUAAUUUCCUUGACAAUUUCUUUGUGAACUUGGGAUCCAGAUCUGGAAUGAAAGACAGUCGUGAGCAGAUAACCCAAAAUGAGCUUUUCAGAUGUUUCAAACAGUAUGCAAAGCUUUUCUGCAAGACAGAUUCUGCAGCACUUUUGAGGAAUAAAACCAUGCCCAACAUGCUGAAACUACAUGAGGCAAGACAGUUCCUGGAAAUGCAAAAAGCUGAUACCUACUCUGGGAUUCUGAGUUGUCUGUCAAAUGACAUCCCACCUGAAAUAAUGAUGAAGAUUGCCAAACAGUAUGCUUUUGUUUGUGCACAUGAACGUAGGCCAACUGUGAGGGAGAGAAUCAACUUCAUCUUCUUCAAUGUUGUGUUGAGUUGCAUCAAACUGGCUUCGCCAUACUUAGCGGCGUACCAGGACUUGAUCAGUCUCCUUCGCCAAGUUCUGCAGGAGCAAAUCCCAUUGGAUGAGAAUUUGCCACUGCUCUUCAUUGCAAUUGUGCUGUUGUGGCCACAGCCGCACCGUCAGACAUGGAGAAACCUAGGGGAGUACAUCUCACAGAUAAGGACCUCUUACCACAUAGUGAUGAAGGAAAUGUACAAUGGCAAAAGGCCCAUCAUCCAUUUCUUCCUGGGGAAGAAGCAGGGCUAUGAACGACUGGUCCACUUAGGGGAGAUCAAAAGCUACUUCACAACUGGGCAGGAAGAGUUUGCCUCCAUGUGGGAAAAUGGCAAAAUAUGGAAAGACAAGAAGGUGGAGGAUCGCCUCUGCAGGUUAACUGGGGAGGUGAAGAAUAGAUUGAUACUGGCAGAUAUCUCAGGCCUGAAGCUCGAGGUCACCCCAAUGUUUCAAAGUCAGCUCAGUGGGUUUGCCCAGGGGUCUACAGUGUCAUUCUUUAUCGGUUUCUCAAUGAUGGGCCCUCUUGCACUUGACAUCAACUAAACUUUGAAAACAGCCUGUUCCAACAUACUGUCGCUUUCAACCAGUUAUUGUGGAUCCAUCUUUAUGAUACACCCUUGUAUACUUUGGAAAGUGAGUUGCGAAAUUGAUGAAUGUCGUGCUAUGUGACAUUUUUGUGUGUAUCCCUGGCACUGUGCGUUAUGAUAUUGAUGUUUUGUAAAGGAAACAUUUGUCAACCUUGAAUUCAAACUCUUUAAAAUGUCUUACGUUGAAAUUUGUACUGUAGCUCAGAAGUCACUGUAAAUAAGUUUUUUUUCACUUGAUUUUUUUUUUACAUAAUGAAAUAAUCUGACAUCUGAACAAUUACAUUUUGUCAUGUUCUGCAUUAACUAAAAUAAAUGAGUUAUAUAGCAAUUUAAUGAUGUUCUAUGAAAGACAUUCUCUAUAUCCAUACAUUUACUUUUGAAAAAUUGUGCGCUAAAGCAACUGUGUAUUUGAAUUUGCAAUGUUUUAUGUUUUGUUUGAUCAUGCAUGUUCCACUAUUGAUUCAACUAAUUUACUUUACAUCAACUUUUUUACUCCAUAAAAAUAUCUCAUUUAU